AUGGCGCCCGCCUCGAGUGAGUGCGUUCGCGUGGUGGUCCGCUGUAGGCCCUUGAACUCAAAAGAAACAGCAGAGGGCCGCCAGAAAAUCGUGGACGUCGACAGCCAGCAUGCCGGCAUCACGCUCCGCGGCGGCGACACGGGCGACGCGCCAAAGACGUUCACGUUUGACGCGACCUUUGACUGCGGCAGCCGCCAGCGCGACGUCUACGAGGACGCGGCGGCGGGCAUCGUGAACAGCGUGCUUGCUGGAUACAACGGCACGAUAUUCGCGUACGGGCAGACGGGCACCGGGAAGACGCACACCAUGGAGGGUGUGGCAGGCGACACAGAACUCCAAGGCAUCAUCCCUAACUCCUUUGAGCACAUCUUCAACGCAAUCCAAGGCAGCGCCAACAAGCAGUACCUCGUGCGCGCGUCUUUCCUCGAGAUCUACAACGAGGAGAUCAGGGAUCUGCUUAGUAAGAGCCCAAAGGACAAGCUGGAGCUGCGGGAGCACAAGGACUCUGGGGUGUAUGUGAAGGGGCUCAACGCGUUUGUGGUCAAGAGCGUGGCAGAGAUGCGCAACGUGCUCGAGGUCGGCAAGAAGAACCGCAGCGUGGGGGCCACCCUGAUGAACCAGGACAGCAGCCGCUCCCACAGCGUCUUCUCGAUCACAGUGGAGUGCGUGGAGCAGGGGCCCGCGGCGGACGGGCACAUCCGAGUGGGCAAGCUGAACCUGGUGGAUCUGGCCGGCAGCGAGAGGCAGUCCAAGACCGGCGCGACAGGCGACCGGCUGAAGGAGGCGACAAAGAUCAACCUGUCCCUGUCAGCCCUGGGCAACGUCAUCAGCGCCCUGGUCGACGGCAAGAGCGGUCACGUGCCUUACCGCGAUUCCAAGCUGACGCGGCUGCUGCAGGACAGCCUGGGGGGCAACACCAAGACGGUGAUGGUCGCAAACGUGGGGCCGGCGGACUGGAACUUUGACGAGACACUCAGCACGCUGAGGUACGCCCACCGGGCCAAGGCAAUCACCAACAAGCCGCGCGUCAACGAGGACCCCAAGGACGCCAUGCUGCGGGAGUUCCAGGACGAGAUCGCGCGGCUCAAGGCGCAGCUGGAGGGCGCAGAGGCCGGAGGCGUGGCGGUCGGCGGGCCCGACGGCGGCGAGGUGCUGGAGCGGGUCGUGCAGGUGCCCAAGCCGCUCGACCCAGAGGCCCUCGCGGCCAUGAGGGCCGAGAUGGAGGCGAGCCUGAAGCGCCAGCUGAAGGAGGGGCGGCUGUCAAGCUUCAACGGCGGCGCCGGCCGCGGCGGCGGCGGGGAGGGGCCGCGGGGGCUGGGGGCGGCGCUGACGGCGGAGGAGGUGGAGCAGAUCCGCCGCGAGGCCGCGGCCGCGUCUGCGGCGCGGGCGGCUGAGCUGGAAGAGGAGCGGCGACGGGCGCAGGCUGAGGCGGCAAAGUACGAGCGCAAGCAGAAGCAGCUGGAGGACAAGAUGGCAGCCCAAGCGCAGGAGGGGGAGCAGCUGGCGGCGGCGAAGGAGGCGCUCAGGGCGCGGCUCAGGGCGAUGGAGGGCAAGAUCAUCAAGGGGGAGGCGCGCGGCGGCCUGCUCGAGGUGACCCGCAAGAAGGAGGAGGAGAUCGCGAGGCGCGAGGCCGAGAUCGCGCGCAGGCGCGAGGAGGAGGCGCGGCGGCGCGCGGACAUCACCAAAUUGGAGGAGGCCGCGCUGGCUGCAGAGGGGCGCUACGGCGGGCUCAGCGAGGAGGCGGCGGCGAAGACGAAGAAGCUCGAAAAGCUAGCGCGGCGCAUCGCAGUGCGGGCUAAUGCAGACACACACGCACGCGCGCGCGUGCACGACCUGGACCGUGAAAUUGGAGAGGCGUGGUCUGAGUGGGGGGCAGAAAAAGAGGAGCUGCUGGCGGGGCUGAGGCGGCUGGAUCAACAGGCGCUGCUGAAAGAUACAGUCAUUGAAGCGUUUGUGCCCGAGGUGGGCUAUUAA